AUGGAAAUCAGGGACGAUGAACCCGACGAAAGUAAUCAAGGACAACUUCCAUCUUCAUCAGUUGCCUAUGAAUAUUAUAAAGAUGAUUUCAUUGUGGACGUUGACCGGACGAUCGGUGCGUUGUUGUCAUCGCUAAACUUGGAGAAUGCGCGGCAUCGCAGAACUUCUGAAGAAGAUGAUGAACUGCUGAGAGUCACUCAUCAACGAAUACAUUCUGUGAUUAUGCGAGAGCAAGAUGACUCUAGGCUCCCUCAUGGUUCAGUGCCGGCGCCUUCAUACUAUCCACGUCUUUUUAGUGCACUUGAUUGUAUUGUUAAAGAAUCUUUUGAUGAAGAAUAUCGAAAGGUGGCCAUAACUUUAGGUCUGGUGGAUUGCUUAGCUGAACUAUUGGUUUUAGAACUAGCUGUGUUUGAUUUCCCAACACGAAAUGAGCACCGAUCUCUGCGAAAGCUGAUCGCAAAUGCGCUAACCAAUUUGACAUAUGGUCAUGCAGCGAGUAAACGUCGUCUCUGCUUCUACUCUGGCUUUAUAGCGACUGUCGUUCUCAUUAUGAAUGAGGCAAAGAAUCUGGUGCAGGUUCGUAGUGGUUACAAUUCUUAA